AUGCAUGAUAAUGCACCUAAUGCAUUACUCUGCCGGUUCAGUAUAGCCUGGGAAGACCAAUAUUGUUUGCGAGACGGUAUCCAAACAAGUUCUCAAGAUAGAGGAAGAUCUGUGUGGAAUAAUCUUCACUCCAGAUGGGCGGAUCUCAUUGUAGAAGACCUUCACUUUGAAGGUUUAGAGAGUAACUCUGUAGAUCGUGAAUUCUCCAAGCUCGCUACUACUCCCCACAAUAAGGUGCCUAAAAUCACAAGUGUACAACAAAUUCUACCUUAUUCCCUGGGUUGCCAUGAAUCUCAUAUCCAAGACUUGGAAUGUUCUCUGGAGACAGCAUACAAAGAAAUGAUUGCCAGCAGCGAUUCUGGUACUGCACUGCAUGCCAUGAGCAACAACAACACAAAAAUUGAAGGUAUCAUUACCCACCAUUGGGUCCUAGCUGCCGAGAAGUGCAUCAUGAAGAUUGAAUACUUUCACGAUGAAAUCAGGAGUGAGAUUGAGAAGGCAAAGUAUGAGAAGAUGAAAGAAGAUCUGGCUGCAAAGCCGCUCACAUCAUGGUCCAAGUUGCAACAUCAAACAGUUGCUUUGCCACUGUCAGCAGGUCCUUCAAAAUUCCCCUGGUUUUAUGGUGACAGUGACUCAGAGCUUUCAGACUUGCCUGAGAGUACUAUUUGUGCUUCCCCAUCUCCACCAUGGAAACUUCCACCACGAGCAGCACAAAAGACUCACAAAUAA